UACAAUUAUUAUUUGCUUCCAAUUCGUUUUUAAUUAGAUCCAACAGAUCAUCAAAUGAUUUAAGUGACAUUCGAAAAUAAUUGAAAAAUUUUUCGUCAUGAUCCCUAAGUUUCGGGUAUAAGGUAAUAUAAUGACUUGAAGAAAAUGUAGUUUUUAAAAUUGGAAGGACCCAAUAUUUUUUUUCUUCUUUUUGUCUUCGUCUUCUCAUUCUUCGAUAUACGCCCUCCUAUUAGUAUUGUUGUAUGUCACUGUGUUAUAAAUAUAUAUAUAUAUGUCUAUAAAACGGUACAAUGAUGUUAUGGGAGAUAGAGAUGUGGGCACAUGCAAAUGUGAUCGUAUCAUUUGUUAUUCAAAAGCCACCUCUAGAAUUAAAAAUGGUAAAUAAUAUAAAAAUUUAUCAAAAAAUUAUUUAUAAAUCCAUAAAUAGCAGUGGAUUUUCAAAAAAAAAAAUUAAAUUAUUAAAUAUGUGGCGGUCGAAUAUUCUAGAAUGUUCGGCCGCCGCCGCCUCUAGAAGAUUCGUCGUUCUACAUAAGCGUGUGGCGGUCGAAUGUCUAGAGAGUUCCGACGCCGCCUCUAGAAGAUUCCUCUGACUAUUUAACGGCAAGAUCGUCGCUCCAGUCAGUCAGUCGAUCAGUCAAUCACUUACGCAUUCUGUCUUAAACGCGCUUCGUCUCUCGCUGUUAUUUGUUAGUUCGUUGUAAUAUAGUAUAGUUGUUAUUAAAUCGUAAAAGUGUUUAUUACUUCUAUAUAUUACACCUCGCUACAAAUAUAACAAAAUUGUUGAUGUUUGAAUACUAUUUUUGUAUAUGUUAUUAACUAUAUUUUUUAAAAACUAAAAUUUCACAUAGACUAUUGAAAUCCAUCACCAAAAAAUUCUUAAAAUGCCAUAGAAUUUAGAAUUACAAUCACAUAUUUAUAAGAAUCAAUAGAAUAAAAUAAAUUACAUCUAUAAUAAAGAUCACCAAGGAAAUAAUUCUCUAGAUUAACUAUAGGUGCAGAAUGGCCAUUGUUAUAAAAAGGGACAAGAGUUAACGUCUCGGAAUAAGGUGCAGACAAAGUGCAAGACACAAACACACUUUAAUGUAUAGAAUGAAAAGUGUACUGUUUGUACCGGAAAUACAGAAUUAAAGAAAACUAAGUGUGGUCACUAUUAUUGUACAAUCUGUUUAAAGAUAUUUUCGCAAUGUACGAAGUGUGGAAAGAACAUCAAAAAUGGAAAAGAUGUAUUAAAUUGUAUUGUUUGUAAGAGCAAUAUAGAAUUACACCAAGUAUCGUGUUCUCAUAUAUAUUGUAAAACGUGUUUACCAUAUUUUACUCAAUGUCAGGCGUGUGGAAAAUAUUUCACAAUUGGUUUAUAUUUUGUUUUGAUACAGUAAAAUAUUUAUACUGUUCAGAGUGUCUGGGGCUGAAAGAUCUACUCAAUAGUUCCGGUAAAAUAUAUUGUAAGAGCUGUAAAUCAAAAGCUUCUGUUCCAUCAGUAACCGAAGCUUCGUCGUCUAAUCAAUCUUCUGUUCCAUCACUGACCGAAGCUCCGUCGGCUAAUCAAUCUUCUGUUCCAUCAGUGACCGAAGCUCCGUCGUCUAAUCAAUCUUCUGUUCCAUCAGUAAUCGAAGCUCCGUCGUCUAAUCAAUUACAUGGAGCAGAUAGCACAAGUGGUAAUCAGAAAGAUAAUAAGUGUGUCGAUUGCAAUAGUGUAGAUGAUUUAUUAGAAACAACAUGGUCAAAACCGACGGAUUCAUGUCAUCAUAAAGUUUGUUAUUCGUGUUAUCUAAAGAACGAAAAAAAUAAAACAAAAAAAUGUCCAGGGUGUAGAUUUAUUUUAUUGGGAUAUAAACUUGGUAAACCAUAAUAAUAUAAAAUAAUAAUAAUACAAUAAGUAAAAUAUAACAAAUAAUAUCAUUAUACAAUGACGUUUUUUUUUUAACGAAAAUUCUCAACAAUUUCAAAGAAUAUAAAAGCAUUUUAACCAAAAAUAAAUCACCCAGUGUAUCAAAAAAUGUAUGCUCUACCGUAAUUUGAAUUUAGUAUUCCUAGAACAAAAAUCGAAUAACAAGCCCCAUGCAAAAUAUUUUCAUCACUACAAAUUGGAAAUUGUGGUACUCAUUUUUUUUUUUUUUUGUUCCCCUACUUUAUAAUUAGGAGUAAUUGACGAUACGAGUAUAUCACACGAACCAAAAAGAAUACAUAACAGUAUAAUUUUAUAUUUCAUGUUAUUGUGUGCUAAUAUAUUUAAAAAUAAAAAUUGUUAAAUAGCAUUAAAAAUUAAAAUUAUAAGGUAUAAAUGAAUACUUCAUAUUUUCAUUAAAAUUCUUUCAUGUAUAGUGCGUUAAUUAUAUAUUUUUGUGAAUUUCAUAUUAUUUAUGCUAAUAAGUAGUGUAUAAAUGUUCCUUCUAAAACACCUGAUCACAUGAUCACCUGAUCGCCUGAUCGCCUGAUCACAUGAUCGAGUGUUUUGGUAUUUUUUUCAAUGAAAGUUGUCUUUAUACGACAGCAGUUUCCCUUUACGUCUAUGUGUUCAUAGUUGCUUGCAUGAUAUUAGAUCACUUGUUCUUAUUUUUAUGACGCUAGGUACAUAAAUAAAAUAGGGUCACCAAUUUACUGAGCAAGACAAUGUAUUGUCGGACCACAGUAAGAUUUUAAAAAAAUAGAAAAUGAAACAUUGAAAUUAAUUUAAUAUAUUUUAAAAAUAAUAAGAAUGGAAAAAACUAUGUUAUUCAUUUUUAUAGCCAUUAUUAUAAUAAGCUACUAACAAAUAUUAAAGAUAAGAAUAAAAUAUGUUUUUAUAACUGACCAUAUCAUAAAAAUAUUAAAUAUAGAGAUAACUGUAACUUAUAAAAUAAUUAAAGCUGUAACUGAUGUUCUAGUAUAUGUAACUAACGAAUUUAAGUAACGCACACUCAAAUAGUACCGUUUAGGGUAGUGACACACAAGGUCACACUAAUUAUGAAAUAAGAAUGAAGAAAAGCAAAGAUCGACACAGUUUUAUGAUGAAUAAGUAAGGUGUAAACCCUUUUAUUUAAUCACCAGUCACAGAUGUGAUUGACACAAUUCAAUACUAUUAAGAUAAUUACAAGGUCAAACAAUAAUAUCCAAAUUGAUAUUGUCGUAAUAUACUCGUCACCAUAGUAAAAUGAAUAAAAAGUAUGCUCGAUCACAGUCCGCAUUUUUGUCGUAGAACGCACAAGUGCAU